GUCGUCUGCGCCCGCCGCCCACGCCCGCCGCCCACAACACCCAGCCGCAAAAGCCCCAUGUCGCGGUAGUCCCCUUCGCGCCACUCUGGAAUGUCCACGCAUCUCCUCCGCUAUGACGGAAACCAGACAAACACGAUGACAGUGACGGCCGCGCAAACAACCCGCGCAGCCACCUUCGUCUCAGGCCAUGAGCCGGCCGCGCCAGGAAAAAGGGACGACCAGCGCGUCGACAUGGCGUCAGACAAGAAGAGGAAGACGGACAAGAAGAGUCCAGAGUACCUGAUCAAGAGCGGCCUGGCCGGGGGCUUCGCCGGAUGCGCCGCCAAGACGGUGGUAGGCCCCCUCGACCGUGUCAAGAUCCUGUUCCAGACGCGCAACCCCGAGUUUGCCAAAUACACGGGCUCGUGGUCGGGCUUCCCCUCGGCCAUCCGCGACAUCUAUCACAGUGCCGGUGUGCGUGGUCUUUUCAAAGGCCACUCGGCAACCCUCCUCCGCAUCUUUCCCUACGCGGGCGUCAAAUUCCUUGCCUACGAGCAAAUACGCGCUCGCGUCAUCAAGAACAAGGCGCAGGAGACGCCCGUCCGCCGCUUUGUGUCUGGAAGCCUGGCCGGCAUGAUGAGCGUGUUUCUGACAUACCCCCUCGAAGUCAUCCGCGUGCGCCUCGCAUUCGAGACGAGCGAGCAGUCGCGCAGCGGCCUAAGCACCAUUGUCCGCAAAAUCUACUCGGAACAAGCACCCAGAGUCCACCGGCCGGAAAACCCCCUUGCCGCAACCGCCACACAAGUCGUCGAUACCGUGACCCCGCGCUCUGGUCUCGCAAACUUCUUCCGUGGCUUCACACCCACGCUUCUCGGCAUGAUUCCCUAUGCCGGCGCCUCGUUCCUGGCCCACGAUGUCAUGUCGGAUGUCAUGCGCAUCCCCGUUCUCGCGCCUUACACGACGCUGCCCAAUACCUCGCGCGAGGAAACCAGCACCUCGUCACACAAGCCCGCUCAGUUGCGCUACUGGGCCGAGCUCACCACGGGCGGCAUUGCCGGUUUCGUCUCGCAAACGGUUUCGUACCCGCUCGAAGUCAUUCGCCGGCGCAUGCAAGUUGGUGGUGUGGUUGGCGACGGCCACCGACUCAGCAUUGCCGAGGUGGCGCGCCGAAUCUACCUGGAGAGAGGCUACAAGGGAUUUUUCGUUGGCCUGUCGAUUGGAUAUGUCAAGGUCGUGCCCAUGGCUGCUGUCAGCUUUUAUGCAUAUGAACGGGGCAAGUAUUACUUGGGCAUCUAACGGUUCAAGUCUGUGAAUCAGAACAAGGAUAUUAUUGAUUUCUUUCUUUUUGUUUGUUUGUUUGUUAUGUUUUGUGCAAAACGGGAUAGAAGAGAGAAAUACCCUGCAGUGCAGCACAGUACAGUACAUGACGUGACAAUGUUGUAUGAGAUUGCCAUUGGACAAUAUAUAUAUAUAUGCAAU